AUCAAGAUGAACACUGUUAAAAUAGCUUGUGUAUUUUUACUUUUAUUGAUCCACCAAAUUCACACACUGAGAUGUCGUUCAGGUAAUCAACAGAUAAGCAAUGAAUUUCGAAGGACAAUGCAAAAAUGUAAAAAUCAUUACAGUGGCUCAAGUAGAACUGGUGAUGAUAAUUUUUCAUCAAGCAACAAUGAUAAUAGCUCAGAUGAAGAUUCAAAUUCUGAUGAAAUAUUAUUUGAGCAUGAUUUUUUUACUGGAUCAAGAAAAAACGACUCACAAUCAAUGGGACGAGAUGAAAUGCGCAACAAUCAAAGAAAUGAUCGGAAUAAUCGUAAUAAUUUUUCGAAUUCUCGAAAUAAUUCAAAUAUGGGAUCAAAUCGAAUGUCAAAUGGCAAUUCAAAUAAUAAUUGGAAUGCGAAACGAAACAAUCGAGAUAUGGAAGAUGAUGAUAAUAGUAAUAAUGGUCAUUCUGGACAGUCCGUAAGUUAUAUAGUUGAUCAACGUGGUUACCCAGAACGUUCAGCAGUAACAGGCACAUUAAUGAGAGGUGUUCAAGAUCCAAUGCUUCGUGAUUUUAUUGAAGAAUCAAUAAUGGAAUGUUUCCAUUUUGUUAGCUCAAUUAUGAAUCAAGACAAGUGUAAAUUUUCUGAACGUUUAUUUACAUGUUUUGCUGAAAAAGGAAGAGAGGCAGGAGAUUUUAAAAAAAAAAUGAUCCAGUCAUAUAUUAAUUAUUUGAAAUUUUAUGAAUUUUUAUUUUCUUACUUUUUUCAGGGUUGUGAAGAUUGGGACGAAAACUACUAA